UGCUAUUUUCCUGGGACUGCCAUUUUCCUAGGACUGCUAUUUUCCUGGGACUGCCAUUUUCCUGGGACUGCUAUUUUCCUAGGACUGCUAUCUUCCUGGGACUGCUAUUUUCCUGGGACUGCUAUCUUCCUAGGACUGCCAUUUUCCUGGGACUGCUAUUUUCCUAGGACUGCUAUCUUCCUAGGACUGCCAUUUUCCUGGGACUGCCAUCUUCCUAGGACUGCUAUUUUCCUAGGACUGCUAUUUUCCUAG